GAUGCAGGCAGGAGGCUGAUACCGUUUGAAAGCAUCUCCAGUCGCGCACCGAUGUAGCGACAUCCUACUAACCCACAUUUUAUCCAGAAAGAAGCAAUGGCGUCCAAAAUAAGAUUUCCUGAAAUAUGAAAAUCGACUGCAAAGACCCUGAAAACAAGCGUCCAAUAUGAAGAGUAUGGAGCAGGAGUUGCAGUGUCCGGUCUGUAAGGACAUUGUUAAACAACCCAUAGUGCUUCCCUGCCUGCACAGCGUGUGUCUAAUGUGUGCCUCCGAGGUGCUGGUUCAAAGCGGGUACCCCCAGCCCGAGCUCCCACCUGAGCCCAACUCGCCUGCUUCCACACCCAACACACGGUCCCCUCGCCAGAUGCGCAGACCCAUGCCCAAAUCUGACCGUGUUGACCGCCUGUUGCGCUCGGGUUCAGGGACAUACCCAGGUCGUAGGCGAAAGGAGGGUCCUCCUCCACUCAUGCACUUCCCUUGCGUCCCCUGUGGGCGAGAUGUGGAACUGGGUGAGAGAGGAUUGGCUGAAUGCUUGAGGAAUCUCACGCUGGAGAGAAUCGUGGAAAGGUACAGGCACACAGUGAGUUUGGGCAGCGUGGCUGUCAUAUGUCAGUUCUGUAAACCGCCACAGGCUAUGGAGGCAACUAAAGGUUGUGCCGACUGCAGAGCGAGCUACUGUAAUGAGUGCUUCAAACUUUAUCACCCCUGGGGCACUCCCCGUGCCCAGCACGAACAUGUUCAGCCCACCCUAAACUUCAGGCCAAAGGUAUUGACGUGCCCAGAACACGAUCAGGAAAAGCUGCAGUUCUACUGUAAGUCGUGUCAGAUGCUUCUUUGUGCCCUUUGCAAACUGCGGCGAGUUCACACUGGUCACAAGAUCGCACCCGUCACCCAGGCCUAUCAGACCCUUAAGGACAAGAUCACCAAGGAGAUGAAUUACAUCCUGUCCAAUCAGGACAUGGUAUUGACUCAGAUCGCACAGCUGGAGAAUGCCAUCACUCAAACUGAGGUAAACAGCGUAUCGGCCAAAGAGCAGUUAUCGCACUGCGUGAAGGAGAUCAUGGCGUUGCUGACUGAGCGGCAGGCGAUGCUGGGCCAGGCGCUGGAAGGCUCACGGCAGAAGAGGGCAGAGGCCUUGUCCGAUCAGGUGGCAGAGAAACGCAGUCUGCUGGAGCACGCCAGCCUGAUGGCCUUUACUCAAGAGCUCCUUAAAGAAAACGACCCGUCCAGCUUUGUCCAUGCAGCCAGGAUGACACACAAAAGAUUGGCCCAUUCCAUUGAAUCUAUGCAGCGUUUUUCUCUUUCUGCGGAUCCUUCUUUCCGUCACUUCCAGCUUGAUGUUUCCAGAGAGCUCAAACUUCUCACGGACCUGAACUUCAUUCAGGCCCCUCUCGCACCUGUGAUCGACACCCAGCGAACACUUGCGUACGACCAGCUCUUUCUGUGUUGGCGCUUGCCUCAGGACUCCACUCCUGCUUGGCAUUUCUCUGUGGAAUUCCGCCGCCGUGGGGUAGUGCCAGGGGGUGGAGCAAGAGGGGGUCUCCGAGGGGGAUUGGCUGCCGCUCGCUGGGGGUGGCAAAGGUUGGAGGAGGUGACCGGGACCUGUACUGUGAUUGACAGGCUGGAGAUGGACAGUGUGUAUGUCUUGAGGGUGAGAGGUUGCAAUAAAGCAGGAUUCGGUGAAUACAGUGAGGAAGUAUAUUUACACACACCACCAGCUCCAGUGUUAAAUUUUUACCUGGAUUCUCGCUGGGGUCUGCACGCGGACAGACUGGUGGUGAGUAAGGAACAGCGAUGUGCCCGCAGUGUGCCCGGUCUCUCCCUGCUGCAGGCCGCGGACCGUGCCCUCACUUCCUGUCACCUGACCACAGACUUGCUUGUGGGUGAUGUGGCCAUAACGCAGGGCAGACACUAUUGGGCGUGCUCGGUAGAGCCUGGCUCCUACCUGGUUAAGGUUGGUGUGGGUUUAGAAUCCAAACUUCAGGAAUGGUUUCAUCUCCCCCUGGACAUGGCGAGUCCACGAUAUGAUCCUGACAGCGGCCAUGACAGCGGCGCAGAAGAUUCCCCCGAUUCCCCUCCGCCUUUUUUGUUCCUCACGAUGGGCAUGGGCAAGAUUUACCUGCCCUCCUCUGCCAACUCCCAUCACGCAAAUUCCAAUUGCAGAGAGCCCGGCUUCACCAACGGCCCUUCCACUCCGACCGGCGUGACCUAUCCUCUCCCUCCGAGGUUGGGAGUGUGUCUCGACUUUGAGAAAGGGCGUGUCACGUUUUACGAUGCCCACUCUCUCCGCCCGCUCUGGGAGGGACCCGUGGACUGCUCCGCCCCCGUGUGCCCCGCAUUCUGUUUCAUUGGAGGCGGGGCUUUACAGCUACAGGAAAUGGUAGCCAAUCGAAAUGCGAAUCAAACCCCUGUACGGCGGGUCACCAUUCAAUCACGUGUUACUAAACUGAACUAAGCCAAGAGAUACUUUGAUUGAUUAUUGUUUUUAUAUAUUUAAAUUUUACGAUUUUUAACAGCAUCUCAUUUAUUUUUUAUUCACCAUUAUCUUUGAGAGGCCUUUAUUGUUGCACUGCUUGCUGAGUUAUAAACCUCUUCCAAUGAUUUAUUAACUUGAUGUCAUCUAUAUAAAAUACUCAAAAAUUGCUUAUCCAUAAGUAUAUAUAUAUAUAUAUAUUAAGCAUAUAUGCAAAAAUGUAGAUUUCCCAACCUGAAGGAGGCAACCUCUGUGUUUGGGUGCAGUACAGGUGCCUCAGAUUUUAUAUUUGCAAAUUAUUCUCCAAACAGAGAAGAAACUCCAGACUGUUACACAAGGCCUAAUUUUGUAACCCAAAUUAUAUGGCAAACAUCUGCCAUAACACUCUCUAGCCUUGUGCUUUCAGGACAGACCUGUUAAACUCUUUCAGCUGUCAACUGGAGCAUUUACUAAAAUAUUUACUUGACGUAUGUUAAACACCAGACCAAAUGCUUCUUGCUGCUUCUUUGUCUUUGAUGCUUGAGAAGAACCUUGAUUUGUGUCUUCUAGGCCGCUGUAAGUCUAUGAAAGUAUGUUUUCUGAGCAAUGUAUUAUAUUGCUGAACAAACCUAUAUUGUUUAGAAAUUGGCAAAUAUUAAAAACUAAACAAGUUAGACUAGGUAAUAAUAAACAGUAUCUCAAGAAUGAAAAUCUGCAAUGCAGUAGAUUGAAGAUGCACAGCUUUACUCAAUAUUUAUGACAUUGGAAGUGUGUGUGCGCGCGUGUGAUGCUCUUAAUCCACUAUUGUAAAUCACUUUAUGCAAAUUCAUACAAAAGCUUGUAGAGAAUACUUUUAAGAGUUUGACUCGUGCGAUUGAUUUCAGUUUGGCUGUGCUUCUCUGGAAUGGCUUUAGAGAGAUUUGCAAAAUCUUUCUGGUAAGAACGAGGACGUGCCCUUUAAUGCCACUUAAUACACUAAUAAAAUCACAAAAAUGA